AUCCUCACUUAAUCCUGACAUCUCCUCCUCGCUCCUAAAAACUCCCCCCAUGAAACCGCCCCUCUCCUCUCCCCUGCAAAGACCCUCGCCCUCUCUAAUCUCGAUGGAUCGCAAAUGGAUCCUCCCAUUGUCCGUCGGCUCCUCAAUCUCUCUCCUCCUCCUCCUCCUCCUCACUUCCCUCUCCUCCCCUCUCUCCCUCCUCCCCCUCUCCCUCCUCCCCUCCUUCCUCUCCCCUUCCUUCAUCGAAUCCAAACUCUCUCCCCUCCCCUCCUCCUCUCUCCCUCCUCCCCCUCGCCUCGCCUACCUCAUCUCCGGCUCCUCCGGCGACGGAAAGCUCCUCUUCAGAACCCUCCAGGCUUUAUACCACCCUUUGAAUCAGUACGCUGUUCAUCUCGAUCUCGAGUCGCCGGAGAAUGAGAGGCGAGAUCUGAAGGAGGCUGUUGAUGCUCAUCCUGUCUUUAGGAGAGUUGGGAACGUGAGGAUGAUUACGAAGGCGAAUCUCGUUACUUACAGAGGGCCUACUAUGGUUGCGAAUACUCUUCAUGCGGCCGCGAUUUUGUUGAAGGAGGGAGGGGAUUGGGAUUGGUUUAUUAAUUUGAGUGCCUCGGAUUAUCCGCUUGUGACCCAGGAUGAUCUGUUGCACAUGUUCUCGUAUUUUCCGAGGGAUCUGAACUUUAUUGAUCAUACAAGCAACAUUGGAUGGAAAGAGUUUCAGAGGGCUAAGCCGGUGAUAAUUGAUCCAGGGCUGUACAUGUCGAAGAAGCAGGAUGUGUUCUGGAUUACUCAGCGGAGGAGUGUGCCCACUGCCUUUAAGCUCUUUACAGGUUCAGCAUGGAUGGCGCUUUCCCGUUCUUUCGUUGAUUACUGCAUAUGGGGCUGGGACAACCUUCCCCGAACCGUCCUAAUGUACUACGCCAAUUUCAUCUCCUCCCCCGAGGGCUACUUCCACACUGUCAUCUGCAACGCGAAAGAAUUUCGCAACACAACCAUCAACCACGACCUCCACUUCAUCGCAUGGGACAAUCCCCCGAAACAGCACCCUCACUAUCUCACCAUCAGUGACAUGUCGAGAAUGAUUGACAGCAACGCUCCCUUUGCCAGGAAGUUCCACAGGAAUGACCCUGUGCUGGAUAAGAUCGACGCUGAGCUCUUGUUUCGGCCUCCGGGCAUGCUGGUGCCUGGAGGAUGGUGUGUGGGGAAGGGAGAGAAUGGCAGUGAUCCUUGUUUGGUUGUCGGGAACAAAACUGCUCUUCGGCCUGGGCCUGGUGCGAUUAGGCUCGAGAGGCUUAUGACUUCGCUGUUGUCAGAGGGAAACUUCAGGCCAAGACAAUGCAAGUAGUAACCCUUGUAUUUGGGUGGAUCUGAUGUUUUUUGGGCUCUCUUUUGAGAGGGAGUGGUGAAGUCUUUUGUUGCAGAGAAGAAGCGCGCGGUAGCAGGAAGUUGGCUUGUGCAGCGCCUUUUGAUGGUAUCUGAUGGUUGAAGGGAAAGAACAAAUGGAAGAAAGUUUUGUUGAUUUUGUUGUAAAAAUUACUGGUUGUAUUGAACCACAGUGAAUUGGGAUGGAAUUUCUUUGUUACUAAAGAGUAAUUUAUAAGAGUUAUGGGUGUAGCCUCUUGAAUUUGUUGGA